AUGAUCAGAAACUUUCCCUUAUUGAUUUUGAUUUCCCUUCAAAAUGUUCUUCUCACUGAAUCUGGAGCUUAUAUUUGGAGUAAUGGUGUUGUAAAAUGUCAUAAUCAAAGCUUGAAUGGAAUUCAUGUUGUGGUAUGAAUUAUAUAACUAUUUUUUUUUUUAAAUGCCCAAGAUUGCUUCAGAAAGUAGAAUUGUGGGAUGAUGACAUGUUCUAUGACGAUCUUCUGGACGCCAAGAACGUCUCAGUUGAUGGUUUCUUCAAUGUGAAUGCUCAUCACAUGGACCACCUGGGAUAUCACCCGUAUAUAAAGAUGUAAGGAGUAAAAAGCUUUUCGUGCGGAGGCUUCUUUUGUUUGUUGUAGAAUCGUCCGUCAUAAAGGGAUUAGUUGACCAAAGACGAGCUGCAGAAAAGUUUCAUAUGUGUUUUACAGAUAUCAUCGAUGCCACAAAGUUUCCAGUGACUUCUCAUGCCAAGUUCACACAAGGUACCUUGAUUACCAUGAGAAAUUCAAGACUUAUCAUAAACACUUUGAUGUCAUCGAUCUGAUGAAUGUCGAGAACCUUCAAGUCAACAGUUCUUUUUGCUGGAAUGACCGUUAUAAAAACCAAAUAUAA